AGAAAUAACCAAUCAGAUCUAUAUUUCUUCUUCUAAGUGCUUUCUUUUUAGUUGUACACAAUUGCCAAGAUAAUAUAAAUUUAAAAUUUGACAGAUAAAUUGCUCCACGUGUUUCAACCAAAACUUUUUGUAAUAAUGGUUUAUUAUUUUACAAGUGAAGUUGUGCAACCACCAGUAACGUUAUUUAUGGGAGUUGAUCAAUAUGAAAAUGAGGAUCUUAUUAGAUGGGGAUGGCCAGAAGAUGUUUGGUUUCAUGUUGAUAAAUAUUCUUCAGCACAUGUAUACCUUCGUCUUCAUCUUGGACAAACAAUAGAUGAUAUACCUAGUGCAGUUUUAGAAGAUGCUGCACAAUUAGUAAAAGCAAAUAGUAUUGAGGGAAGUAAAAUGAAUGAUGUUGAUGUAGUAUAUACAAUGUGGUCAAAUCUGAAAAAGACACAAGGAAUGGAAAUAGGAGAAGUUGGUUUCCAUAGAGAUAAAGAUGUUCGAAAAAUUCAUGUUACAAAACGAAUAAAUACUAUUAUUAAUCGAUUGAACAAAACUAAACGUUCAGAGCAAGUAAAUUUAAGAGCAGAAAGAGAACAACGAGACAAAAAUGAACGAGAAGAUAAAAAGAAACUUUUAAAAGAACAAAAGGAAAAAGAAAAAGCAGAAGAAAAACGAAGAAAGGAAGAAGCAGAAAUGAGGAGUUAUAAUUCUUUAUUUAAUACAUCUAAUAUGACAUCAAAUACAGAAAAUAGUGGAUAUGAUUCAGAUGAUUUUAUGUGAUUAAAUUAUUAAUAUUAUUUGUGAUUUUUGUGCCUAUUUACUAUAAUAUACUUUGGAGAAAAUAA